AUCACGAUAGAGAGAGAGAGAGAGAGGCUCACUCUUUUAGAGAGAGAGAGUUUUUCUCUCUUCUCUCUGCUGUCCUGUUCUUUAUUUUUUGUCUUUGCCUUCAAUCCUCCUCCAGUGUGUUAUGAUUGCGGAUCACGGCGCCUUUUUCUUCGAGUUUUUUUAUCAAUUUCUUGAAGUUUUUAUGUGGUUUUUUCCAUUUUUGGCCAUAAAUAGCUCGGGCUUCGGUGGUUUUGAGGGUUCACGAUGUCGAAGAUCUGCUUUAACAAGGAUUGCGGCGUAGCUGAUACUGAACGUUGGCGAAAGGGGUGGAGGCUUCGUUCUGGAGAGCUUUCGGACCUCUGUGAUCGAUGCGGUUCUGCAUAUGAGGAAUCACGGUUCUGUGAAGGUUUUCACUUAGAUGUUGCUGGAUGGAGGACCUGUGAGACAUGUGGAAAGCGUAUACACUGUGGAUGUGUUGCUUCAGUUCAUACAUAUAUACUUCUGGACACUGGCGGAAUUGAAUGCAUGCUGUGUGCCAGGAAAAGCAUCCUUUUUGCGGCACCAAAUCAGAUAUGGCCAUCACCGAUGUUUCUGCCUCUACCUCCAUCUGAUAGGCUGGUAGACCGCCCUGUUAAUGCUUGGUCUCAGAUAGCUGCAUCAAAUUCUUGUUCUGGACAGGUGAAGCAAGUGCCACCCUUAGGGUAUUCUGCUACUAAUCCAUCUGAGUUUCAAUGCAUGCAAUAUCUGGAUGGAGGCAUAUUCCAUAACAUUGACAAGUCGUUUCCGUGCAACCAGUCCACUAUACCCAUUUUCGAGAAGAAGAGAAUCAUUGAAGAUUCACUUGAGAGAAAGCCUAGUCACCAUCUAAAAAAUGAAGCACUUGGAGAACCUGUUGUUGGGCACACUAGCAUUGAGCCAAUCAGUGGUUUGAAUACAUUCCACAGUGAAGAAGAAAAACCAGAGGGCAAGCCAGAUUGUUCUCGCAUUGCAGGAGGUCGCAGUUCUGUUGAUGCAAGAAAAAGUGUUUCUGAAACUGACCUUGGUAACAUAUUGGGAAGGAACUUGGAUGUAUCAAGUUCGUGUAUAAGUGUUUCACGGCAGUCUUUAAAUGCAAAGGAUGAUAUUUCCUUGCCACUUCUUGGCUUGGGUGUCUCUGUGUCAUCACCAGCUGAGACAAUGGAUGCAACAAAGGUUUCUGGCUGUGAAACACGAGAAAGGUCGUUACAGCUGUUUCCUAGACAAUAUCUUCCUGGAAGUUGCAGUGGAUUUCAGUCAUCUGGAGACUUACGAUCUCCAAUGCGCAUUGCAAGGCCUCGAGGGGAAGGAAGGGGGAAGAAUCAGUUACUUCCUCGAUAUUAUCCAAGGAUUACGGAUCAAGAGAUUCAACAAAUAACAGGAGACUCAAACUCUGUCAUUACACCUUUAUUUGAGAAAAUGUUAAGUGCCAGUGAUGCUGGUCGGAUAGGGCGUCUGGUGCUGCCAAAAAAAUGUGCUGAGGCAUAUUUCCCUUCAAUAUCUCAGCCUGAAGGAUUGCCACUAAGAAUCCAGGAUGCUAGAGGUAAAGAGUGGGUAUUUCAGUUUCGAUUUUGGCCUAACAAUAACAGCAGGAUGUAUGUCUUGGAAGGUGUGACACCUUGCAUUCAGUCUAUGCAGUUGCAAGCUGGUGAUACGGUAACCUUUAGCCGGAUGGAUCCAGAAGGAAAGCUUGUCAUGGGAUUUAGAAAAGCUGCAAGUGCUCCAUCUGAACAGGAUGCUCAAGUUCAUAAGCAAGGAAAUGGUAUAUCCACCAUUGGAGAAACAAACCAUGGAAGUGGUGCGGCUGGGGAAGCAACUUCAGCUCUUCCAUUUCGCUCUUCAAAAGGCGCUACAGAAUCAACAAAUUAUUCUUCAAACAGCCAGUUUCACUCACUUGAUCCAGCACUUCCACUGUCAAGAGAUAAGGAAGCUUGUAUGUCAAAAGAAGGCUCUAAUUCUAAGUCUCUUUUCCUUUCUGAUAAAAGGAAAAGCAGCACUUUAGGAUCAAAGAGUAAGCGUUUGCGAAUUGAUAAUGAGGAUUCUAUAGAACUGAAGUUGACAUGGGAAGAAGCUCAAGACUUACUCCGCCCUCCUCCUAACCAUCCUCCUAAUGUUGUUAUAAUUGAAGGUCAUGAGAUUGAGGAAUACAAGGAGCCUCCAGUGAUAGGAAAGUCCACCAUCUUCGCUACCAACAAAGCAGGGGAAAAGUACCAAUGGGUUCAAUGUGACAAUUGUGCCAAAUGGCGCAAAUUGCCUAUGGAUGUUCUAGUUCCUCCAAGAUGGACCUGUGCUGAUAAUUCAUGGGAUCCCAAGAGGUCCUCAUGUUCAUCGGCACAGGAAUUGAGUACAGAACAGACUGAACAUCUUCUUCAAACGCAUGCUGCCUUAAAGAGGAUUGACCAGACAACGGCAGAGGGCUCAUCUGCAGGGCUCGAUGCACUUGCAGACGCGGCCAUACUUCGCGGUGAUGAUCCUGAGGAGCCGACGAGCACCACAGCAUCCCCUCCUACGACGAGGCAUCCUCGCCACCGACCUGGGUGCUCAUGCAUUGUGUGCAUCCAGCCGCCCAGUGGCAAGGGCCCCAAGCACAAGCCCAAUUGCACUUGCAACGUAUGCAUGACCGUCAAGCGCCGCUUCCGCACGCUCAUGAUGCGCCGGAAGAAGCGCCAAGAGGCUGAGAUCGAGGCCUCUCGCAAAGCUCUCAUUUCACAGAUGGAGAAUGUUAAGUCAAGUGAUGAUUCUGGUGAAAGGAAGAUGGAGAACUCAAAGUCUGAUGAGGAUUCUGGUGGCAGGAAGGAAAAUGUGAAGUCUGGGGAUGAUGAUUCUGGGGGCAAGAUACAGGAGGAUUUGAAACCAGUUGAAGAAUUUGGCGGUAGCAAGAGGUCAGAGAACUGGAGGUCCAGCAAAGAGAAGGCGUCGAGUUCCUUGCAAGGUGCGAAUCCUGAGUAUUCUCGGAGGGGGAGUGGAACACUGAAGGGUAGGAUUGACCUUAAUUGCCAGCCUGAGAGGGAGGAUGAGCUUGGGCAUUUUCCAGAAGGUGGGGUGGGACUUGAGGUGGAAGCCAAUGGGGUUGGCCCAGGUGGCUAUGAGGUGGAGACCGGUCGUGGGGCCUUGGGUACCAGUCGGCGGGAAGCUGAUGUCGCAUCAGGGUCGGGCUCGGGGUCUGGUUAAGUUUAUUGUUUUUGGUGCCUGCAUUGAGAGUGGGGUUGUGAGGAGCCGAGAAAUGUGGUCUGUUUUUCUGUUUUCUCGUUAAGGAGAAAAGGCAGUUUUUGGUGACUUAGUUCAAAUACACAGUUGAUAUCAUUUGGGAUGCGAAGGCAUAUAGUAAUUUUUGUAAUGCUACGUAUAUAUUAUAUGAAGGUGCUUUUAUAAGGUUAU